GAUACCAAAGACACGCACGCGCCCACGGCACCGGCGCUCCCGUGGCAAACUAAAUGGCUUCGCCUAAGACGACGCUGCUCGUAGCUGCAGCCGUGGCGGCCGUCGUCGGCGUGGCCGCUCUGCUCCCGGAGAUGGCGUGCGCGGCGACGUACAGGGUCGGGGACGACGCCGGCUGGAACACCGCGGUCGACUACGACGCCUGGGCCAGCGGCAAGAAGUUCAAGGUCGGCGACACGCUCGUGUUCCGGUACGACACGCCGAGCGAGAAGGACGUGGUGGUGGUGGACGCGCAGGGCUACGCCGAGUGCUCGGUGCCGGACAACGCGCGGCUGCUCAACUCCGGCGACGACCACGUGGUGCUGGAGCAGGCCGGGCAGUUCUUCUUCAUCUGCGACGCCGAGGGGGAGUGCGACUCCGGCAUGAAGCUCGCCGUCAACGUCCACUGAUCCAUCGGCUAAGCUAGCUGCUUAUCCGCCACGUCGACUUAGCCUAGAAAUCACCACUACGCUAGAUUAUUGCUGGUGGUCAAAACCGAUUUCUGCUGGCGGAUUCCGCACCCGCUAACAACUCACUGUCAGCACAAAUGUUCUUUGUGUUGCAGGUGCUUAGAUAGCCUGCCAACAAAGAUAUUUUUGGGAUAAUAAUAAAAAAAGCUGGUGUAGCCGCU